CUUGACUCACAAAGAAACAGGAGUACCUCCAUUAACAUUGUAGUAGUAUCUUAUUAUGACUGCUUUGUUAAAGUAUCACCUACCAGAUAAACCAGUGUUUACGACACGCGGUGAGCCGUUUCACACCUGUGCUUAUCUAAACGCUUAACUGCACCUGUGCUGUUCCGCGCUGAGUAAAAAGCUUCGCAAUCGGGUUUGACCGUCCCUCGCCGGCUUCCGUAGUUCACUGAGGAAACAUGGCUUCACGCACAAGCAAGACAUUUCUGUGUCUAGGUCGAAAAAAUAUCCCUCUCCUUGGAUUCAGUAAAUCUUCCGGUAAAGUCACAUAUGCAACGGCUCUGUCUAUAAAUUCUUCUUCUGGAAAUAAAGGCCUUCCAGACAGAGGUGGUAGAGGAUCCUUUGUUCGAAGGCCCAGAAGAGAAUCAGGGGAGCCCAGGACAGGAAAGAUGCCAGUGGAUCAGGACUGGACUGCAGUUUAUCCAGCGGCGGCGCCCUUCAGGCCAGGAUCCGUCCCCCUCCCUGUGAGGAUGGGGUACCCUGUGAAGGGGGGCAUUCCUCCAGAGAAGAAAGGCAAUUUGGAGCUAAUCAAGAUACCAAACUUUCUACAUUUGACACCAGCAGCCAUCAAGAAACACUGUGAAGCUCUGAAACCUUUCUGUACAGAGUGGCCCUCUGCCUUGGAGACUGAUACCAAGUGUGAUGAGCAUUUCCCCAUUAAAGUAGAGAGCAAAGAGUAUGUGUCCGCUGGCCCUUCUCUCAGAAACCCUUCAGCUCGUAUCGUCCAUCUCAGAGUAAAGCUGUCCAGUUUGAACUUAGAUGACCACGCUCGGAAGAAAAUGAUCAAGCUCGUCGGCGAGAGAUACUGCAAAAACACAGAUGUCCUCACCAUCAAAACUGACAGCUGCCCGCUGAGACAGCAGAACUAUGACUAUGCCAUGUAUCUGCUCACUGUUCUCUACCAUGAGUCUUGGAAAACUGAGGCCUGGGAGGCCGAGAAGACUGCGGCUGACAUGGAGGACUACAGCUGGGAGGACAGCCCGUCUCAGACGAAUAUCUUGGAUGUACUGCUACGCAUGAAAGUGGCAGGAGAGGGAGACGGUGAAGAAGUGCGACAGCAGCUGCUGGGAAGGAAAGACGUUCAAGACUAUAAAGACUCGGUCACACGGCUGAAGAACGAAGGGGAGAGCGAGAGCAGCAUGCUGCAGUACAAAGAGGCAGUCAAGAAAGUAUUCAAUAUGUAAUGUCAGUGAACGAGAGCAACAAGAACAUUUUUACACACUUGGAAUUGUUCCUGUACAUAAUGCAUCAGGAUAUUUCAACAUCAUGGGUCUGAAUGUGUUAGUUGUAUAUAUUUUCACAAAUAUUCACUGGCAUGUGAGGAGGUCAAUACAAAGAUAUAGCUACACUGUAUACGGAGUGUUUCAUGACGAGGCGAUGCUUUAACGCAAUAAAAACAUACUGUAAGAGUUA